AUGGAAGAGACAUCAAUUCAGAAGCACGAUUCGUUAUACCUUGCCGAAGGAAACCUAUGUUUGGCGGCUGUCCAAUCAGCAGAGUCGGAAGUGACGAGAUGGUUCAUGUUCCGGGUACACCAGUCCAUCCUGUGCAUACACUCCUCCAUAUUUCGCGACAUGCUGGCACUUCCCGCUGAGGGCAACACGGAACAGUUCGAAGGAGUACCUCUGGUUCGAAUGCCCGACAGCGCUGCAGAUAUUGAGGCAGUAUUGAAGGCAUUAUACUUCGGGUAUAAACUACCUCAUCCCCGCCUUCACCCAGAAACACCGUUCGACGUCAGAGCUAUGCUGUCCAUGGCCACAAAGUACCAAAUUAGCCACAUCCGAGACUGCAUCGUCGAGCGUCUCGAAUCAGACUGGCCCCAAACCAUCUUGGCCUGGGAUACCCUGGAAGGCGAAAUAGAGCGUACCACGGAGCAUAGCAACGUUCAUUGGUAUACCGACGACCGAUUUCCAGAGCCUGCAUCCGCCAUAAGGCUCGCCCGCGAUUUUCAUAUACCGAGCAUUCUUCCCGCUGCAUUUUAUCAACUCAGUCGUCUCAAUGUCGCUGACGACCGCGCGCGACGACGCAAAGAGGACAAUAUCUUGUACGAUGCGGGCUUCAACAAGAGAACGGCACAGUGGGAUCUUCUGAGCGGAGGUGAUCUCCUUUGUGUCAUGAGAGGGCAGGAGAAACUUCGAAAGGUUGCGCGGGAAUUUAUCUAUCCCCUCAUAUGUGGGCAGACGGACUUGUCCCAACAGUGCGAUAUCACUCUGGUGCUAAACGAGCUCAGCACAGAACAUGGCGCCGCCACCACGACGGAUAUUCUCGAGUAUUUUCGGCAAUUCGCAAUACAUUGGAAGAAAGGGUAUGGUAGUGGCGAGCGGGACAUGUGCUACUCAUGCGAGGACGCCGCCGAUGAGUCGUUGCGCGACAUUCGAGAGCAGAUUUGGACGAAGUUGCCAGAAUACUUCGAGCUCUGA